AUGAAGUUUAUUUUAUUAAUAAUAGUUAUUCUAGUGUCGGUAUAUGGGGAUAGAAUCCCCGAACACGGCAGUUAUGUUAACCCCCACCCACGUCCCUACGAAAGGUGUACAUCCCAAGAAUUGAUCAAAUUAUCUAAUUGUUGUAAUGAGAUCUUAGUCAAACUUGAUGACUGUAAAAGUGACGAUAAAGCCUGUGAAUGUUGUGCUUUACAACAAAUGAACGUUGAAUGUUAUAAUCUCUGUCCAGGGAAUCCAUCCAAUAAUUUUUUGACAGUUUUGUUUGAUGAUUGUAGAGAUUUGAAUGAUAUUAAUGCUUGUGCACUACCAUUCAAAAAACAUGAUGGUUUACCUAGAGUUGAAGUCAAUCAAGACAAAGAAGAAAUUAAGAAUUCCGUUAUAGUCAAGUCGAAGUUAUCACAAAUGGAAGCUGAAGAUCCAAUUGGAGCUGAAGAGCCAAUUGAAGCACAAGGACCAAUUGAAGAUAUCAAAGACCAUGAGGGAAUUCAUUCCCAAAAUGGUAACAUUACGCAACCUCAAACUCAAAACUUUACUUUGAAUCAAACAGAAAUAUUUACCAAUGACACUGUGAUGACAGUUUUCGUAUCGAUUGCUGUCACAUUAGUUCUUUUCUUACAUUUACUAUAA